AUGGACGAAUCCAGAAGAGUGAUGAUGUCUCCCUCGGUAAAGUCAGUCCCUGCUAAAGGAGACCCUCCCGAGGGGGCCUGCAGCCCACAUUCGGGAACGGUACACGAGCACUGGGCUCCCCCUUUCUGCCUGCCCUCCAAGCGAGCCGAGCUCCAGUCAGGCAGCGAAGCCGGGGGGCUCGGCAGGGGCGGCGGGGCCAGCGCUGGGACAGCCGGCGGGGCUGCACCGCCCAAAGCCGAGCCCGCGGGCAAGAUCAGAGAGCGCGGCAGGGCCAGCCUGCUCCGGCCGCGGCUCCACGAGCGAGCGGCGGCGGAGGAAGGCGGCACCGCCGGGCGGUACCGGCGGCGCAGGGUCCGCCUGGACUCCACCAGGCUCCGGCCAGGCAAGCCCUGCGGGCAGAACCCCGGCGGGAGCAGCAGCGGCACUGCCCGGGGUCCGUGCCCGGCCCUGGGGCACCGCCGGCGGGGGCGCCCCGCAGCUGCCCGGGGCCGGGCCGGGGCAGGGGCCCGAGGGGCGCUCACCGUCCCGUCCAUGCUCCGCUCCCGCCGCGGCCGUCCGCGUGCGGAGCGCCUGCGCGGCGCUGCGGAGAGCGGCCAGGGACCGUCGGUAAAAGUGCAUCUCGCCCGCCGCACCGGGGCGGAGGGUCCCGCACCGGGAGCCCGGCCCCGGCCGCGCUGCGGCGGCGGGAGGGGCGGCGCAGCCGCGGCCCCUGCCCCGCUCCCAGCCCGCGGGGGCGGUGCGGCACGGAGCUCCUCCCGGGGACAGGUGGGUGCGGCGCCCACGCCCUCCCAGCCCUACGGGCCGCUCCGGCUCUGCCGCCUCGACGGAGCUCGAGAGGGACGGACCGGCUUUAGGUCCGCGCCGCCGCCGCCAGGGUCCCCAGCCCCCGCCGCCCCUGCUUCCGCCGCCACAGGCACCCCGUUCUCUCCCCAGCAGCGCCCCCAGCACCCCGGAGCCCCCUCGCUGUGGCAGCCCCCAGCCCCGCACCCAGCGCCCAGCACUCACCGCCGCCCCCUGCCGCCCCCGCCGCCGCAGCCCCGGCGCCCUCGCAGCGCUCCGGCCGCCGCCGCCGCCGCAGCCUCCGCGCGCUCCCCAGCGCCGCCUGCCGGCCCCGCUCCGCAUCACCCCCGGGCCGCAGGGCCCGACGCAGAGCCCCCGCCCCGCCCGGCCCGGCCCCAGCACGGCCCGGAGCGCUUCCGACCGCUACCGAGAGGGACUCGCACCCACAGCGACCGGGCCGGGGUUCACCGGGAGGCAGUGAGAAUUCCAGUGGCGAUGGGGACGGGAGUAGCAGGAUGA